AUGGUUGCCGUGUUACAACCUGAAACUUUGUCAAAUGUAACAGAAUCGGUGAAUUUCUUAGAUACAGGAAGUGGGAUUAUAAACAAAGACGAAGAAUCUAAACCACUUGUUGGCAUUAUAUAUCCACCACCGGACAUAAGAAAUAUUGUUGAUAAAACUGCCAUUUUUGUCGCAAGAAACGGUGUUCAAUUCGAAGAGCGUAUUCGGGAAAAUGAAAAACAUAAUGCAAAGUUCAGCUUUUUAAACCCUAACGAUCCUUAUCAUGCUUACUAUCAAUACAAAAUUGCUGAAACAAAGGAAGGAAAAGUCCCUAAAAAAGUUGAAGCAAAAGAAGUUGUUCAAGAAGCUAAAGAUGUUCUUCCUCCACCAAAGAUCCCACCAAAAGAACCACCUUCUUUUGAAUUCAUGACCGACAUGCCUGCUAUUUCCGCGCAAGAUCUGGACAUUUUGAAAUUGACAGCACAAUUCGUAGCACGUAACGGAAGACAAUUUAUGACUGCUCUUUCGCAACGUGAACAGCGAAAUUAUCAAUUUGAUUUUUUACGGCCAAAUCAUAGUUUAUUUAAUUACUUCACAAAACUAGUAGAGCAGUAUACAAAAGUAUUAAUUCCACCAAAAAAUUUAAAUGAAAAAUUGAGAUAUAACGUAGAUAACAAAUAUCAAAUUCUUGAUCGUGUAAUGCAACGAGUCGAGUAUGCUGCUUAUCAAGAGGAAGAAAGGAAAAAGGCCGAGGAGAAGGAAGAUCAAGAGAGAAUCGCAUACGCCUCUAUAGAUUGGCAUGACUUUGUUAUAGUGGAAACUGUAGAGUUUACGGAAGCCGAUGAGACGAUCGAUCUUCCACCUCCAAUGAGCAUUAUGGAACUUGAAAACAUGACUCUUGCUCAGAAGAAGAUGGCCUUGGUUAAUUUAGCAGAAUCUCAGCCAGAUGAGAAAGCCGGUGAAAUUGAUAUGGAGAUGGACGAUGAUGUAGAUAUGGAAGAUGAUGAUGCAGAAAAAGAAGACCAAGAUCAAGAUACCACACCAGUAAUGAUGGAGAUUAAACCACCAGAUGCUUCUGCGCCAAUGAAAAUCGUUAAAGAUUAUACUCCUAAAGCAUAUGCUCUUAAAACGUCUGUUGACAGACCAACAGUUAUUUGCCCUAGAUGUAAACAGGUUAUACCUGUCGACGAAAUGGAUGACCAUGUUCGUAUUGAACUAUUAGAUCCAAAAUGGAGAGAACAAAAAUUAGCAGCGGAAUUAAAAAAGAAAGAAUCAAAUUUAUUACAAGAAGGUACGGAUGUUGCAAAAAAUCUCAAGGCAUUUUCCGGCUAUCGAUCCGAUAUUUUUGGUAAUGAAGAAACUGAAAUUGGACGGAAGCGUGCAGCUGCCGGCGUUUCUAUUGAUGAACAGAUCGCCGCAAUUCAUAGGAUCUUUCAUUUACCUAGCGAUAGCGAUUCCAAAAUCGGUCCAAAAAUUCCCCAACAUCCUUCGCAACAACCUGUUUAUCCUGGAUAUCCUACCCAUUCUCAAGGUGCUCCGGGAAUGCCGUCGGGCCUUCCACCUGCACCAUAUCCUGGCUACGUAUCUUCUUCUGCACCGUUUGCCCAUCAACUUCCUGGAUAUAUUUCAACGCAAGGUACAAGUUCUACUUCACAACAAUCAUCUCAAGCUCGUCCACCUAUUCCACAACAAAUUCAUAGACCUAACCAGCCUUCAGGUAUGUCAGGAUCUUCUGCGCCAGUUCCACCUUUACCGCUAGCGAUGGGACCAUCUCCGCCGGCACCUCCAACGCCUCCUAUACCUCCAGUUCCUUCAUCUAAAAUUGGUCGAACUAUCGAAGAUGAAACCGAAUUAUCCUAUAUGACUAAACGACAGAAAAUGGAAAAUCUUAUUUCGAUUGGAAGUCUUUUAUCCGUAGAAGAAUGGAUAGAGUCACAUCCUGGUCCUAUUAAUGUACAAAUUCAUUGUCCAACGAUUCCUGAAAAACCUGAAUGGAAUUGUCAAGGUCAAACCAUCAUUUUAGACAAUUUACCACUAAACACAUUCGUAUCUACAGUAAAGGACAAGAUCGCUGCACGAUUAAAUUUCCCUGCAGGCAGACAAAAACUUAUGAUUGGAGGCGCAGUAAUGAAAAAUCAGCUUUCGUUAGCUUAUUAUAAUAUGGAAGAUGGAGUUAUUAUUGGAUUAGCUAUUAAAGAUCGUGGAAAGAAAUGA